UAUUUACGGUGUUGAUAAAUAAAUAAAGAUGGGCAAGGUUCCCAAAGCGGCGAAGAGCUUGAAGGAAAAUGAAAAAGAGUCAAAAGUAAAAAAGUUGUUGAAUAAACCCGGGGCGUUGCCCGGAGUAAAUAAAAGGACCGGUAAACUUAACCUCAAAGAAGCACGUGUUCCUCUAACGCAAAUGUUGAAGAGUAAUUUACACGCAGAUAAGAUUGUAAAUUUUUUAAAAGAUUCUAAAAGCGUGUCGAAAAAAAAUAAAAAAACUCCUUCAAGCAUGGUUAAAACUGAUGAUGAUAUCAAGCCGAAGGUCGAUCUCAAAGCAGAACAAGUUUCCGUAAUGAAAACCUUAAAGCGUAAAUCUGCCACUCUAAACGUCGUUAAACCGCCUCAACCGAAGAAAAAAAACGUUUCUUCUGACGUUCCAAUUAAAAAACAAUUGGCAAAGAAGACAGAGAAAGUAUCCAAGAAUGACAAAAGGCAGAAAGUACCAGAACAAGGAGCCUCAGAUGUUGACAAAGAGGUCUCAGUGAAGGUUCAAAAACAGCUACCAGAAGAGGCGAAGAAGGGUAUAAACGUCGACAAUAAUCAAAUAUCCAAAGGUAUCGAUGCUAUUUUGAAACUCACCAACCUGCAGGCAGGGGAUACGAAAAAGCUAUUUGAUGGAGAGCAUCAGCCAAUAUUGCUUCAGGUGGCGUGCAUCAAGGUACCAAAAAUACCAAAAAGGCAACUCAGAAUUUUACUGCCGCAUACACUUGUAACAGAUACCGACGACGUAGUAUUGUUUGUUGGGGACAUGAAGAAGGGCCGCAGGCAAAACCUGGAGCCAACAAUAGACCACUAUCAAGAUCUGCUCAGGAAACAUGGUUGCAAACAGAUUAAGGAUGUGAUACCGUUGACUCAGGUUAAGACCGAAUUUGACCAGUAUGAACUGAAGAGAAAACUUUUGUCCAGCUACGACUACUUUUUAACAGAUGGUAAAAUAGCUGGACAUCUGUCGCAUCAUUUAGGCAAGCUGUUUAUGGCUAAACGAAAACUCCCAACAUCUAUCAGAAUGAAUGCCAAGAAUUUAAAUCGUGAAAUUGAUAUUGCGCUUAAGAAAACCAGCAUGCAUCUACAUUCUUAUGGAGACACUCACGUAGUACAAGUCGCGCAUACCGGAAUGAAGAAACAGGAAAUAUUUGCAAAUGUUCUAAGCGUUUGCAAAAGUCUAGCCGAUAAUUACCCAGGUGGAUGGCUCAACAUCAGAAGCCUCAUUCUAAAGACAUCCACCAGCUUACCAGUACCAAUUUACAUUACACUGAAGAGCAAGAACAAGGUCAAGGUACCAGUCGUUGUACCAAAACGACCCAAGGCUUAUCAAACUCUGGUUGGCGAGUUGAGCACAUCAGCUCGCGAUGCCAAGGUUGUAGUUUACCCUGAUGGUACAGUGAAGGUAGAGAAAGACGAGAAUAGGAUCACCAAAAAAGUUGACAAAUUAGCUGCAAAAAAAUCAAAGCUGCCUGCCAAUCAAGAAACAGCAAAAAUAUCCAAGCGGAACAAACAAGAAACUACUGUUACCGGAAAAGUGGAAAAGAAACUGGAAACAACGGAAAUUCAUGAGCCAUUCAAUAUAAAAGCAGAGGACUCUGAUGAUAAUACAAAAACGGCGAUUAAUGCGAAGUCGUUCACCGAUUCUGAGGACGAAAUUGAAGAUGCUGAACAAGCAUAUCUCAGUCAGUGGCAGCAGGAAACCAUAUCUACGACUACCGAAGAGAAAGAACCUAAAAAGAGAUCUAAAAUUGUUAAAAAAAAGAAGAAAACGAAGGCGUGAUUUUUUUAUCCCGAAGAUUAAUCAAGUAUCCAUUAUUAAUAAAUGAUAAUUAUACAUGUG